AUAAAAAAUAAAAAAGAAAGGACCUGGCUUUGUGGUUCUUGAAUAGGAGGAAUUGACUAAGCAUCUUCAAGCAACCCCAACACAGUGUUAUUUGAAGAGAUACUUCACCGGUUAUCAAAACAUUCCGAGUUUUUGUCAGCACUAUCAAGAGUACACGAGUGUGAAACUUAUCGCUUCAAUUCGUGCAUACAUUCAUAGAAUUUGUCAUACAUAAAUCUGAUUCAAUCCAAAUCACUUUCAAGUUAGCAUUCUGAACCACGGGUGUCACAAUAUAAAUCAGAUCUGCUUAUAAUUUUUUGAUUUGUUUUUUGAUCUGCCUAUGAUCUACCGUUUUUAGACGUCUAUUCGAAAAGCUUGUGUAGACCUCUUGUGAUUCUGCUUACACCACUAGUUAUAUGACAUGCUAUUAAUCAAUCGGAAUAAAAAGACAAAGGACUUGGAGCCACAUUAUGAAACGGCCGAGUCCGAAACCAUGGAUCCCAAAAAGAGUUCCAAGUUUAAUUUUGGAGGGUUUUUCAAGAAGAAACUUCCUACAAUCCCCAAUAUAUCGAUAAAUAAGCCCAAGUCUGAUGAUACAGAAGGAGAGUUGGAUCCUACGAUAAGUGGUGAUGACAAGCCAAAGGUUGUAGAAAACAAUUCUCUGGCUCUGGACUUGCCACCCAUUUCUGUACCACUGACAUCCAUAUUAGAUGAUGCCAAUCAUAUCACCGUAAUACCUAGUAACGAAUCUGCCCAACAUACACAACUGCUGUUGGUUCAGCAACGAAACGGCCAACAUCAUAGUCAUACACAUCAUACGCUGCAUCAACUGCAACUCUUUCCCAACACAUCUUCAAACUAUCAAGAACGAUACACAUCUUUCACUUCAGAUUGUAUAUCACUACAGAAUAGUGAAAUGACUUCUCAUAUGGAUGAAGAUUCCCAUAAGGCAUAUUCACCAAUAGGUAAACGAUUAUUUGAUGAUGAAGUACCUACCCAUAAAAAAUCAUCACUUCGUAGCAUUUUAAAGAAUAGAACAGAAUCAUUGAAGAUCAUAGUGCCUGAUCAAAUGUCCCAGGGUAAUCUGGAUAUGUCUAAGCAGGUACGCUCAGAUGAUGACGAUGAUGAUGACAACGAACAAGAUGACGAUGCUCUUGAUACUGGGGAUGAAAUGGCCAGUGACGACGAAUUUACCAAUCAAGAAGAUUUGAGAGUACGACACUUUGAUAAUAGAAGUCAAUACUCGAGAGCUGAAGAGUCUGAGACUGAUAUAGUGGCGUAUCUUUCUGAAACAGAAUCAGACUUCAAUUUCGAUCCACUUCAAGAAGAAAAUGCAGACGACUAUAAAAUUGGAGGUUAUCAUCCUGUGGUUAAGGGUGAAACUUAUUAUUCCCAAAGUCUUCCCAAUCGUGAAUACAUCAUAUUACGGAAAUUGGGUUGGGGUCAUUUCUCCACUGUUUGGCUUGCCAAAUCAAUCUACAAUCCUAAACUUGGAAUGGAAGAUUAUGGAUUGGAUUCUCGAGAGGAAUACUAUGUGGCAAUCAAGUUUGUCAAGUCUAGCAAAUGCUAUAUUGAAGCAGCUGAAGAUGAGAUUAAUUUACUUCAAGUGAUUAAUCGGCCAUUACUUGUUGCUGAUCAUCUUACCGAAGCACAUAAGGAAUAUUUCAGAAAAUUUCAUUUCAAUAAGGAAAAUGAGCCAACUGGACAUCCAGGAUUUAAGCAUGUAAUGAAGCUCUUGGAUAAUUUCCAAAUUCUGGGCCCUAACGGGAAACAUAUUUGCAUGGUUUUCGAAGUAUUGGGAGAAAAUGUAUUCAAUUUGAUGUGCAAAUAUAAGAAGUUAUACAGUAACAUCAACGACGAAUUCAAUAAGAAAGAAUUCACUACGGCUGGUCCAUCUGGAGUAUUGGGUGGCAUAUUGUCUUCGACAACUACUUCAAAUGGGAAUGGAAAGAGUAGUGGAGGUGGGUUCAUAGACAGUUUCAAUGCGCCAUUUUUGUUCAGUAAGAAGAAAAAUGAUAAAGCUAAGAAAAGCACAGUAUCCAAAUUAAGUCUUGGACUUGUUAGUAGCGGGGGUCAAGACACCAAAUCGGAAUCUACCUCUGCAGAUUCGUCCAUUAAACAGAAGGGGGGAUCUUCAUCAACCUCUUCUUCAUCUGCAGAUGAUAUUUUGCUUCUGCAAGAACAAACGAAAAGAGCUAUUGAUGCUAAGAUUCAAUCUUUAGACUCAAAAUCCCUUCAAGAGUUAAUGGAACAUACAAAGACUUAUGGUGGGUUACCGCUUGCACUUGUCAAACAAAUUUUCAAACAAAUCUUUUUGGCUAUGGAUUAUAUUCAUCAUUGUGGAGUUAUUCAUACUGAUUUGAAGCCAGAGAAUAUCUUGAUUGAAAUUCAAGACAUUACAAAGUUGAUAAAGUUUUUCGAGACAGAGAAAAUUGCCAAGCAUAAUGAAAGAAAAAGGUCAAGUAGCAUCAAGACUAUCACGGACCCAACACCUGACUUACUGAGAAGAACCUCCAAUCAUUCUUCAAAGUCUAACCGAUCCAAUAACUCCUUUGUUUCUGGUUAUAGACAUUCAAGAAUUUCCAUUUCAGGCAGAAGAGAAAGUGGAUACCAUGACUCUCCCAUUCGUAGUUCUAAACCACUUCCUUCACCUAUCACCACAGAUAUCAUGUUCAACAACGUUUCAUAUAAGUUCAAUGAUGGCCCUAAGAUACCUAUUGAUAAUGUGACUCAUAGUCCUACUGAUACCAUUAAAAAUUCAUUACAAUCGAAUGCUAAGUCCAUUAAUGGUAAUAGUGUUGAGGGGAAUUUUAUAUCCAUCAAAAUUGCUGAUUUAGGUAAUGGGACAUUUGCUCAUGAACACUUUACCAACCAAAUCCAAACAAGGCAAUAUCGAUCUCCAGAAAUCAUUUUGGGUCAUUCAAAUUGGGGAGCAUCCACUGAUAUUUGGUCAAUUGGAUGUAUGAUUUUCGAAUUGAUUACUGGGGAUUAUUUAUUUGAUCCACAUAAUGGGAAAUCGUACGAUCGGGAUGAUGAUCAUAUGGCACAAAUCAUUGAGCUUAUGGGUGAUUUCCCUAGUAGAGAAUAUCUUUCGAAAUGUUCUUUCACAAAUGAUUAUUUCAAAAUCCUGAGUAAUAACAUUAGGUUUAGAAAAAUUCCUCAUUUAAAAUUCUGGCCAUUAAAAGAUGUCUUGGUUGAGAAGUACCAUUUUAACAAGGACGAUCCCAAUGUGGCACUUAUAGCUGAUUUGAUCUCCAAGUGCUUACAAUAUGAGCCGGAAAAUAGAUUCGAAGCAGGCGCCCUUUCCAAUCAUCCAUGGUUUAAUAAUUGCGGGGACAAUGAUACCGUGGAAGUUUCACCAUUAGCCAAGGGAGAGGAUGUACCAGGGUUUUCAAGUACAUAUGUGGUUCAAAAGCAAGAGGAAGAGUGUGAGGAGUGUGGCGAUGUAACUCUUGCAUUCUAUUGAUUUAGAAGUACCAUAUCAUUCAAUUCUUUCUUGUUUAUUAUUUGCAUUUUACAUUCAUUCUAUAAAGUUUCCGUAUAUAUCUAUAUAUGUAUGUAUUUCACGCG